AAUUAGAUUGGGUCAAUGAACUAGCAAGAACAUGUCAAAGAGAACAAAGACAAAGAGGCUAUAGGCGAUCCAAGCUGCCAAAGAGCUGUCAAGAGUACGAUCGGUUAGCUCGUAGAUUGUAACUUUAAUAAACCACAUCAUUGUCCUACACUUAAUUUGUUUAAUGGCUGACUUUCUUUUAUCCUUUCUCUCUCUUCUUUCACUGGUCUGUGUUUCAUGCCUUAUACGCCAUAUACUCUUCAGACUAUUCUCGCGUCAUCUUGUGUUCAACGAGAAGAGCCUAUUCCUACACCAAACACUUCAACCUCAUUCUUUUCAAGACGAGCUACCUCUCCUCCUAAUGAUGCUACAUCACCUAUUCUUCGAUUAACUUCAAAUACCUCAGCAGCAGUUCGAAUAGAUUCCGUUGGAGCUUGGGAUAAUGAUCUCUAUUGUGGUACUUCUGAAGGAACUGUACUUCAUUAUUCUCUACAAGAUAACAACACUUCGACAGAAAAGACAUUAACAACUCGAUUAGAACGUACGAUCAAUCUAGGCUAUGGAAAGAAGAGUGUUGAACGUAUAUUGCUAAUACCCCAAGUCUCAAAGGCCAUUGUCUUAUGCGAUUCUACUCUUUUAUUCUUCUCCUUGCCCUUUUUUGAUCCGAUAUCAGCGUCAUUUAUACCACCCAUCAAGGGCGUAACAUGUUUUUCACAUGAUAUAGCCGAGGAAGGCAGAAUAGGUGAAGAUGGAACAGUAGAACUGAUAGUAGUAAAGAGAAGAGCUCUUCAAAUAUACAAAGUUGGCGAAUCAAUGUACUUGAAAAGGGAACUCCCACUUACAGAAGGUGCGAUUACAUUAACAAGAUAUGGUCGUAUAUUAUGCUUGGCAGACCAUCAAAACUACAAGCUAAUCAAUUUGCAACAGUCAUCAGUUACGAUGCUUAUACCAACCCCUCAAGUACCUGCCACAACAUCUACGCUCUUACUAGGCUCACAGCUUAUACCAAAGCCGCUCAUGGCAGUGGUCAGAAAGGAUGAGUUUUUGGUGGUGAGUGGAGGAAGUGGUGCAGGAAGCCAAACGAUUGGUAUCUUUGUCAAUCCGAACGGAGAUGCCAUACGUGGCACCUUACAGUGGCCCAGCUAUCCGAAAUCACUUUGUGUCGAGUUUCCCUAUGUGGCAGCACUGCUGAGCAAUCACACGAUCGAAAUCCACAAUAUUUUAGAUCAGAACCUAUUGCAGAGAAUACCCUUGGAUCCCGCGAUGGAACCGAGAGGUAUGGCAUUUGGGCACGGAAUCAAAGUUUGGAUGGAUGCACUAGCUACAUCAUUGAAACGAUCACCAUGGAAACAGGAGCCUGCUGAUUCAGAACUACAAGUUCAGUUACAGAGAGAGAUUAUAAAAUAUUCAACAAUAACCGCACGUAUUCUUCUUUACGGAAAGGACUCGGUCCUGGCACAAGUGACAACUCCACUUACGAUUCAAGUCGACGGACUCUUGGAGAGAAACUUGGUGGAAGAAGCUAUGCAAUUGGCUGAGCAAGCAAAGAACACCAUGUCGGAGGACGAUCAGGGGACGGUGUAUGCAGAACGGCUCAAGUCCGAAUUGAAUUACACUUUUCAAAAAUCUGGACUGCUGUUGCUAAAGGAGACACUGUUUGACGACGCCUUUACGCUUUUAUCAAAGGGCGAUAUAGAUCCGAGGGUUGUUAUUCAGUUAUUUGAUGAUUUGAUGCUAGAUAGCUGGUUACAUAGUCCUCCUCCGAUCUUGUUAUUUGAAAGUGUUCAACGGCUAAUAGAGGACUUGGGUGAUCUUAAAAAAAUAGUCAAUGGUAGUCUAGGUGAAUUUAAAGAAGAUAGAUCGUCUGGUGCAUCUGAUAUGCGAUGCGUAUUGCUAGAAAACGCUAGAGAAGCCUUGAACAAGUAUCUGUUGGGAGAGCGAGAAAAAAGAAAACACAAGUUGGGCCAAAACGACAUAGAGUGUGAAGUCAUUGAUUCUUGCCUAUUAAAGAUAUACAUGUCACAAGGAGAUAACGAUUCAAUAUAUCAGUUAUUGCAGCAUCCGAAUGACUGCAACGUCGAUGAGUGCUCAAAAAUUCUUAAUGAAUCAAAGAAAUACUAUGCACUUUCAGUAAUGUAUGAAUCAAAACACAUGUAUGAAAAAGCAUUGGAAUUGUGGACAAGGAUGCAUGAGGGUAAUUUAAGAGAUGACGACUUUAAGAACGGCCUAAACCGUGUGAAGGAGCUGCUAUUAAAGGAUCUUGAAACUGCGGACCUGCCACUCCCUGCCAUAAUGCAUUAUGCAUGGUGGUUAACUAAACAGAGCCCCCGAGAUGGCGUAGAGAUAUUUAUUCGAUCACCAAGGGCUCGAGAUAUGGAUCCAGAUGAAAUUUUGGAAAGGCUUGAACGUUAUGACAACCAAGUAAUUCGAUCUUACUUGGAAUAUCUUGUCAACAACCUAAAAAGUGAAAAUCCAGACUAUUGUACUAGGUUAGCAUGCAGCUACAUAAAGGACAUACGCGAUGAAAUUAAACAAAAUGACGGCCUGGGCUUACUCAAAGAACUUGUUGAUGAUUUCAAAAGGGAUAUUAACCCUUAUCCUGCAGAUAAGGACGAUGACCUAAGCUAUUCUACAUUUUUAGGCUACCUGAGUACACAAAAGAGUCAAUUACGUCUUGUUCAACUUCGGCUAGUACUGAUACGGUUCCUGCAGCGUUCAAAUAUAUAUUCACCCGAGAUUGUGAUGAACGCACUGUCAGAGGCUGGUCCUUUGGACAUUGAAAAGGCUAUUGUAUUCGGCAAGAUGAACAAACACCAAGAGUCACUCGAUAUACUCAUAAAUGAACUUUAUGACUUCGUGGGAGCCGAGACAUACUGUGUAACAAAUGGCCAUAGUGCAGGUAUCAUCCCAUCCACAACUGUACCUGUUAGGUCAUCCUCACUUUCCGAAAAGCCACUUCCCUCAGUGGAGUACGUGUCAUCCGAUCAAAUGACAGAAAGGGGUGAAUUGUUUAUGAUGUUAUUCAACACAUAUCUUAGUAUAAAGGAUAGCAACUUAAUGAUUGCUCGCACUAUGCAUCUAUUGAAUACGCAGGGGUUUUAUCUGAACAUUAUAGAGGUGCUUAAAUCUAUACCCGAUGACUGGUCAAUUGAUUCUUUACAAGAGUUCCUAACGAGUUCUCUUCGACAAUCUACAGACAAGUGCAAUGAAAGCCAAGUGAUACUCGGACUGACUCGAGGAGAAAAUUUGAUGGUAAAUAGUGAUUUAAUACGACUUUAUGAAGAGAUAGGAUCCAUUGUCAUUGAUUACCAGUCGACAUGCUUAAAGUGUCACAAGCUCAUUGGCGAUAGUAUAUUCAUUAAAGAAAAUGAAAACGAUCAAGUGCUUCAUCUGCACUGUGCAAAACUGUUGGGCUUUGUUGAAUAAUAAAUGAUAAAGAGAGACAAUAGAUCAUCGUAUGCAUGUGACAAGCUAUAAAACCAAACAC